AUAAAAAGUAUGCUGCCAUUGGCUGUCAUAUACCCUCCCCACCUCUCCACCCUCAUAUUCCCCCUGUCCCCCUCUCCCCUUCAAUCUCUCUCCCUUCCUCUUCUCUUUGAAAAACCAACGAUGGCGGCAGGGGUACUCUACACUUAUCCGGAGAAUUUCCGCGCUUACAAGGCGUUGAUCGCCGCACAGUACUCUGGAGCCGAUUUAAAAGUCGCUCCCAAUUUCGUAUUCGGAGAAACUAAUAAAUCAGAAGGAUUUCUGAAGAAGUUCCCGGCCGGAAAAGUGCCUGCCUAUGAAAGUGCUGACGGAAAGGUUUUGUUGACAGAAAGUAACGCCAUCGCAUACUAUGUGUCGGACGCUAAGCUCCGAGGCGGAGACGCGGAGACCGCAGCCCGCGUGUGGCAGUGGGCGUCGUGGGCCGACAGCGAGCUGCUGCCCGCCUCCUGCGCCUGGGUGUUCCCAUACCUGGGCAUCAUGCAGUUCAACAAACAGAACGUGGAGCGCGCGAAGUCCGACCUCCUGGCAGCGCUGAAGGUGCUGGACUCUCACCUGCUGCCGCGCACCUUCCUGGCCGGCGAGAGGCCCACGCUGGCUGACGUCAUCGUGUACUGCUCGCUCAUACACGCGUACCAGUACGUGGUGGAGCCCAGCAUCCGCAGCGGGCUGGUUAACGUGACGCGCUGGUUCCUGACCCUCGCCAACCAGCCGCAGGUGCGCGCCGUCACACCGCCCCUCACUCUGUGCGCCGCCGCGCCCGUCCUCGACCCCAAGAAGUUCCAGGAGAUCAGCAAGAAGGAAGGUGGCAAGAAGGAGAAGAAGGCAGAAAAGAAGCAAGAGGCCAAAAAAGAGGCCCCUCAACCAGCACCCGAGGAGGAGUUCGAAGAGAAACCCAAGGAAGGGAAGGACCCCUUCGACCUCAUGCCUAAAGGCACAUUCAACAUGGACGACUUCAAACGUUUCUAUUCAAACGAGGAGGAAGCGAAGUCGAUACCUUACUUCUGGGAGAAAUUCGACCCCGAGCACUACUCCAUCUGGUAUGCUGAGUACAAAUACCCCGAAGAACUCGCUAAAGUUUUCAUGAGCUGUAACCUUAUCACUGGUAUGUUCCAGCGGUUGGAUAAAAUGCGUAAACAAGCUUUCGCUUCCGUCUGUCUGUUCGGCUCGGAUAACGACUCCACAAUAUCCGGAGUAUGGGUUUGGCGCGGCCAAGAUCUGGCCUUCACUCUGUCCUCGGAUUGGCAAGUGGACUACGAAUCCUACGACUGGACCAAACUCGACCCAAAAGAUGAGAAAACGAAGACUUUAGUGAAAAACUACUUCUCCUGGACCGGCACGGACAAGGCCGGCCGCCCCUUCAACCAGGGCAAGGUGUUCAAAUGAAAAUGUAUAAUCCAUCAAUGACAAGCUUGUAUUUAAAAUAAAUAUUGUUUCUAUUUAACGCUCGUUUUUGUUUGUUUUUCCUGAUAUUGUUUUUGCAAUAAAACACAGGUAGUUGCCUAUAAACUGACAUCUCAAAUAUAUUUU